UGGAGUCCUCACUCUCACCAUCUCGAAAUCUGCAGGAAUAACUUUCGCUUUUCUGCGAGUUGAAUCUGCAAAAAAAUGGCUCGAUUCAGGAGGUACGAGAUCAUCGAGCAACCCCCUUCCUUCCUCCUCAAAGAGACCUCCAUUUUCGCCCCUCGAAGGUCCAGCCUUCUGCUAAACCCUAGUUUCUCCAUUGUCGAAGACGCCCUGGAACUUCUAACCUCCGCCCCGACGCCGCUGUCUGUUUUCUCCGACGAGUUCAACGCCGUCGCGGAUCUGAUCCAGAUCGACGAGUUCCCAUUCCGCACUUUCUCGACUCGCCGAGUCGGACUCGGUGAGCUCUACUUGGAAGCACUGAGUGACCGAGUUUCGGCUCUCGAGUCUGGUUUCGAGCGCCUGCUGAGAGAGGAGCGGACGAAGAAGAUUGGGGAUCGGAAGUACACGUGGACGGCGGAGAUUAAGAGCCCGGAGAAGGAUCGGAAGUACAAAUGGGAAACGGAGAUAAAAAACGAGAAGAAAUCAGGGUUGGAGAAGAGUUACAAAUGGACGGCCGAGAUUAAGCGCAAAACCAACGGCUACGAUCACUCCCCCGUCGAGCAGACCUACACCUUUAAGGUAACCACCGGCGGCGACAAAUCCGAGGAGAAAGACAAAGACAAAGACGAUAAGAAGAAGAAGAAUAAGAAUAAGGACAAGAAGAACGCUCCUCGCAUCGUCGAGAUCGACGAACCCUCCGAAAAUGGCGGCAUUGUUCUCAGACAGGUAUUCGCGAAGAGGGCCGACAGGAGACGCGGCAAGCGAAAAGAGCUGUCUCCAUCGGAGGCUGCUGUCUUAAUCCAGAGGAGUUUCCGGGCGUAUCUCACCCGGCGGUCGCAGGCGCUCCGGGCCCUUCGUGAGCUCGCCAUUGUGAAGGGGAAGCUGAAGGAGAUCAGGGCCCUCUUCAACAACUUCACUUACCGUCGCCGACUGGUCCGCGACGCCGAGGAGCGGCAGAAAUUCUCGGAGAGGAUCAUAGUCUUGAUUCUCACAGUGGAUGCUGUCGAGGGGGCGGAUAUUAUGGUUAGGGCGGCGAAGAAGUCAAUGGUGGACGAGCUGGAAGCGAUGCUGGACGUGGUGGACCCUCAGCCGCCGGGUUCGAUGAAGAUGAAGAGGAGGACGUUCGACAUGCCGGAUGGUGUGAUCAACAAGGAGCUCGCGGCCGGGGUGGCUCAGGUCGUGCGGAUGCUCGACGAGGACGCUAAUGGCUCGGAAACUUCUUGAAGGUUCUAGAAGAAGACACAGUUUUCUUCUUCUUCUUGAUGGUUGUGUUGUGUUGUGUUGUAGAAUUAUAGAGAGACAGACUAGAGAGUAGCUGGAGGCCUGCCUGUCUUUAAGUCUUAUUAGAUCCUCGUUUAUGUCUUUGGUUUUGUUCAUUUUUCGUUUCAAUUUCUAAUGUGACAUUUGUGUUGAGUUGGGUACGAACCAUGAGACAAUCUGGGUCGGGUCGGGUCUGGGAGGUUUGCGUAUGGGUACGCCUGUUCUUGUAUUGUCUUCUCUAUGGAAUCUAUCACGGCAUGUUUGGCCGCGGUUAUUGUUAUAAUAAUUUUAAAUUCAGAGCA